AUGGCGGCCGCUGCGUCCUCCGCGCUGCACGCCGUCGGCGCCGUCGCCUCCGCCAAGCCCAGAUCCGCCGCCCCAGCGGUGGCGAGGAGGAGGAGCGUGCGCGUGGCCGCGGCGGCCAAGGGAGGACCGGGCUCUUCGGGGAGAGGCAGGAUGGUUGCUCGCAGCGCCGUUGCAGCCAAGGCGGAUGAGGCGGCCGCGGCGGCGGGAUCCAAGUCAGGCGGCCAUGAGUUGCUGUUGUUUGAGGCCCUUCGCGAAGCUUUGAUAGAAGAGAUGAAUUUGGAUCCAACAGUGUGCGUCAUAGGUGAAGAUGUUGGUCACUAUGGAGGUUCAUACAAGGUGACCAAAGGGUUGGCUGAGAUGUUUGGAGACCUUCGGGUUCUUGAUACCCCUAUCGCUGAGAACUCCUUCACCGGCAUGGGAGUUGGAGCAGCAAUGAAAGGGCUCAGGCCUGUUGUAGAAGGCAUGAACAUGGGUUUCCUUCUCCUCGCCUACAACCAGAUCUCAAACAACUGUGGUAUGCUUCACUACACCUCAGGGGGUCAGUUCAAGAUCCCGAUUGUGAUCCGAGGCCCUGGUGGUGUUGGUCGUCAGCUUGGUGCUGAGCACUCACAGCGGCUGGAGUCAUACUUCCAGUCAAUCCCUGGCCUUCAAAUGGUUGCUUGCUCCACUCCUUACAAUGCCAAGGGCCUGAUGAAGGCAGCCAUAAGGAGCGAGAACCCAGUGGUGCUGUUUGAGCACGUCCUCCUAUACAACCUGAAGGAGAAAAUCCCCGACGAGGAGUACAUCUGUUGCCUGGAGGAGGCGGAGAUGGUGCGCCCAGGUGAGCACGUGACCAUCCUCACGUACUCCCGCAUGAGGUACCAUGUGAUGCAGGCCGCCAAGACCCUGGUGAACAAAGGGUACGACCCCGAGGUCAUUGACAUCAGGUCGCUGAAGCCGUUCGAUCUGCACACCAUCGGGAACUCGAUCAAGAAGACCCACCGCGUGCUGAUCGUGGAGGAGUGCAUGCGGACGGGCGGCAUCGGUGCCAGCCUGAGGUCGGCCAUCAUCGACAACUUCUGGGACUACCUGGACGCCCCCAUCAUGUGCCUGUCGUCGCAGGACGUACCGACCCCGUAUGCUUCAACUCUGGAGGACGCCACCGUGGUGCAGCCUGCGCAGAUCGUGGCCGCUGUUGAGCAGAUCUGCCAAUAA